GUUAUAAGUUCUAAAUGUCCAAGGUUAUGUUCUUUGAAUUUUGGUAAUUGAAAUGCAAUUUUUAACAGAAUAGCUUCUUCACUUCCAAAAUGGAAUCAGAUCUUUUAAAUGAUCACAAAUCAACACAGAAGCGAAAAAAUGGUCAAGUUCCACAAGAAAUAAAUGCAAAAAAAUCUAGGUUAUUUUCUGCUAAAGAAUUUAGGAAAAAAUUAAGUUCGGAACAUAAAUUAUCAGCUAUUAAGCAAUUUCUGGAUGCCUUAAAAUUAUCCACCGAACAUGACUAUGUUUAUGAAUACCUGGUGAAUGGAGGGAACUGUGUGGAACUUUUGCAAGUUUUGGAAAGUGACUCCACAAUCUCACCUACACUUGUAUUUGAUUUAGUUACUGAUAUCUUACUGAGAGUAAAUUUAAAUUAUCCACAGUACAAGAAUUCCACUGUUGAAGCUUGUCGCUAUCUGCUUAAUAAUUACAUCAGUGUUUUACAUAAAAUGAUAGGCUUAAGUUCAUCAAAAGAAGAAAGGAAGUCUUGUAUGAAACUGCUAACAGCGGUAGCGGCACUUGCACCCAACUUAGCCAAAGAUAUCUUGUUAAAUGUCAAAUUCCAUUCUGCAAACAUAGAAUUACUCAUUAAACAUACUGGCGAAAAAGACAGUGUACGAGACAUGUUUAUACAUUUUGUAACAGCAUUUUUGGUAGAUGGAAAUGAACAUGUUUUGUGCAUUCUGUUGGAAAGAAGUAGUCUUUUAACUAGUAUAAUAAGUGGGCUGCAAUAUGAUUCUUCAGAAACCUUGUGUAUUGUGAUUACUGCAAUGAAAAAUUACAUUUUGGAAAAUGGGUCUGUCUCAAAAACAACCAAAAUGAAAGUUUUUAACACAUCAGCCAUUAAAGAUAUUGUUAAUCUGUAUAACUGGAGAGGUCCGGAAGGGUUAACCAACUUGCAAAAAAAUAACAAAUCCAUUUUUGAGGUAGACAAGUUAGCAAAAUCCAAAGUUAGCGAAUGUGUUCAUGAUUUUCUGAUAACUCUGUGCACUUCUCAUAAAUAUGGAGUGGUGUUUAAAGACCCCAUGGUUGGUCUAGGUAGGAAAGUCCAAAAUGCUCUCCUGUACACCGUUGUUGAAAGUGUCGCUAAACCAUGGGAACACUCUUAUGCCAGUGAUUUAGUUCUUAAAAUAUGCAAGGUAUGUCCAGAUUUAGUCAAACAUAUCUGGACUAUGCUGAAACCAUCUCUGGAACCCCGUUUGUCAGAAAAAUGGUUAAUAGCAAUUCAAUUUUGUAGGCAACUUAUAAAAACAUUGGAACCUAGUUGUAUAGACUACUGUGCAAGCAGCUUACUACCUCAACAGUUGGCUCAGAUAAUUGAAGUUCUGAUAUGUCCAGCACCAAUUCUAAAAAUUCUCUUGCCAGAAGAUAAUUUGUAUGCUGUCCCGAAUAUAAAACAGCACAUUUCUGUAUUUUUAUAUGAUAUGUUAGAGGCUCUGAAUAACUACCUUCAGCAUUUAGACACUAGGACGACUAUUGAAAAUCAUAAAAAAAUUAAGUACCACCUUUCAAAUUAUGUAUCUAGGAAUUUUCCCAAAGCUCAGACCCUAAUGAAUGAUUGGAGGGAACUGUCUAAAGAAAUUGACACCAAAAUUGAAUAUUUGGCGUGUAUAUUGGAUAUAUUGAAUCUCUACAAAAAUUUGGCGCCUCAGCUUUUAUAUACUAUCGAUCUAAAUGAGAGUAAUGUGAAAGGACUUUUCUUGGAACUCCAACUUCAUGCAAAUAACACAGAAACUCCUCAGGAACAGUUGGAAAAACUUCAAGUUAAAAUGGUUGACCUCUUUAUAGAUUUAGAUCACUCUUUGUUUCUCCCAAACACAGAAAACUUCAAAGAUAUUUUACCAACAUUUCUAAAAUUAUAUCAUAAACUGAGGACCCAGGAAGUUUUGGAAGUUCUCUCCAAGCUGUUGAAGAACACUAGUUUAUUUGAAGGCUAUUUCUAUGAAAUCCACAUUUGGUUAAAUGGCAUCUUGAAUUUUCAAUCAUUUUCUGAUAAUUUUGCUGAGAAUUUUGUCAAACUCAUCCACACAGCUAAUGACCAUAUUUUUGAAAAUCAAAAAGAGUUGUUGGAUGUUAAAGUCACAUGUAAUGCUAAAGAAGAUGAUUUACAACUCAUUAGCAGUAUUCUAAAUUUGGAAGAAAAUAAUGAACAUGGCAAAACAAUUAGGCAUAGGCACUGUAGCUCUCUGAUUGUGGCUCUUUUGAAGGAUUUGCGGGAAAAUGGAUGUGACAAAACUAUGAAGAAGUAUGUUGAGUUUGUAUUAUUAAAUAUUUUUCAUUAUCAAACUUCUGUGAAGAAUUUUUGGGGUGUUAUUUAUAAUUAUAAAGACAAUAUUCCAAAUCACAUAUGUAACUAUAUAACCAACUGGUUUAACGGGAAUGGUUGUUUUUUAGAAAAAAUUAAAGGUGUGCUUAAACAUUUUCACCUUUUUAGUGAAGCUUUCUUGAAUAAGACAUUGAAUGAUUCUGCUUUGCCGGAAUCAUUAUAUCCAGGUGAUGGACUGGACUUUUUGCAGUUAAGCAUAUUUUAUUUUAGCAAUUUAGUUUGCUUUGGAAAAGCAACAGAGAAUCAUUCCAAAAACCUUCAGUUUGUUUUUAAAUUUUUAUAUACACAAACCAUACAGGCAGAAAAUUGUCUGGAAUUACUAUUAAAUAACCCAAAUAUAGUUAAUAAUUUUGAUUUCUUACGUUUUGAAUCUGAUGAUUCUAUUGGCCUAUGUACCACAACUUUGUUUGAGAUAUGUAAGUUUGUUGAUACUAGUGUUCAUAGCAGCUAUUUCCUAACUCUCAGCUUGAAAAUUUUUGGUUCUGUGCUUAAAAUUAUUAAGAAACCUAAGAAAUAUUUAUUGAGUCCAGCAAGCGUGGAAGUUCUUCAAGUUUUCGGACUUAAUUAUGAUCAGGUUAUCGACAUUCUUUGCAAAUUAUCUAUAACCUUAUCAGAAACUUUGGAUAUAUCCAAUCAUAUUUUGUCUGAAGUAUUGAUCUACUGUUUAGAGAGAUUGUCAAAUUUAUGCGCUUUAAAUUGCAACUUGAAUCCGUUAGACGGGACUGUUUUGAGGCGAAUAACUGGUUACACUGCCACUUUUCCGCAAGAAAAAUACAUAAGCAAGUUUUUGAAAAGUUUACUCGAUUAUUUGAAAGUUUUUCCUCACCAUUUACCGAACGUGAAUGAAAACUUGUUUAUAGAAAUUUUAAAACUUCCCGACUACAAUAAAGAUAACGUAGACUUCUUGUCUUUCAUGCUUGAAAGAAAUUUGACACUUUCGUCCUAUAUUAAAGAGCACCUCGGUGCACUUGUUGAAAAAAAGGGUGUAAUAAUACCAUUAACUCACGUUUUGAUCAAUUCCAAGGCAGAAGAUGAAAUUCUUCAAACUAUUUACGCCCAUUUGGAGCCAUCUAUUUUUAAAGCGUUACAGAAACCUCAAAAGGUGGGGCAACAUUUUGCAAAAAACUACGAUUUACCUGUUUUGAUAGAGAAAUUCACAGCACCUGAAAAAUGCAAAAGCUUCGCGCAAAAAAUUCAGAAAUUUGAAGUGACAGAAAUAUUUCAUGCGAGAUUUUUGAAUGCGAUUUACGGGAAAGUACUGCAAAACAACCCUUGUGGUAAAGAGAUUAGUAAUAUGAUUUUAACAUUCGUUCAUCUCGAAACAGCCUUUCUUAAACGACAAACAAAAUCGGAAGUUUUUACGUCCAAACUUCGCGAAUUGUCGUCGAUUUUCAAUAACUUUUUGGAAGCGGUCUUAAAAAACGGUUCGGUUAUAGAAAACCAAGCAGGAACUGAAACUUUGAAUACAUUUUGGAAGCUGUGUUUAAAAUUCGGAGUGUCUGGGGAAGGUGUACUGCUGAGAUGUUUGAAAAAUUAUUUAAAUAUUAUGGGAUCAAGCUUGAGCAAAGACAAAAGUGCUCUGCUUCUGGAACAGCUGCUCUCACAUUCAGAGUUUUUGAAUGUUACACUGGGUGAGCAUAGCGACGUGAAGUACGGGGUAUUGUCACUUAUGGCUGUUUUAUGCCAUACUUAUCCUGAGCUCAUGGAAAAAAACCACCUACCCGUACUCCUGUCCGCUUAUAGAGCUAGGAUUACCAAAUGCGACAGAACCAUCCUAAAUCUUCUGAAGCUAUACGAAUCUAGACCAGAGCAAACGAGUUUUUACGAUUUUAAGCCUUUUCUAUGGGGUAGAGAGGCGGCAACUCAUUACUCAGUACGUAUGAGGAUAGAUAACGCCCUGAUUCGUCAACCUAAGAGCAGUGACGUUCUCGAUAGCCUUAAGGAUGGAUUAGUUGUAUCAACAAUUAUCAAUUUCCCUUUCGAAGAUCAUCUACAUCCGGAAAACAACGCCGACGACGAUGUUGAUAUUAAGUGUUAUGAUUUAAAGUUCAUGCUCCCCUUAUUUAGUCACAUAUUGGCUGCAGAGCAGCAAGUUAAAACCUAUAAAUUUACUAGAUGUGGCGGUUUAAGUAUAACAGUGAUGGCUCUCAGUAGCGAGUGUGAGGAGGUCAGGCAAGCCGCUUGUCACGUAUUGUCACGAUUUCAUUUCCACUUAGAGGCACGCCAAACAGGCAAGGAUAAUUUGUUAUGGAUACGAUAUGUAGAUGCAUUAUGUGGAGGCUUGGCUCAUCUGCCGGAGUUCAAGUUAAACAGUUUCGCAGCAAUAUUUUUUGCCAGGACAGCCAUGAUAUUAACCCAGCCCAACCACGUUAUGUACUACCCUCUCUCUCGAUACCUCAUGGCGAAAGAACUGCUUCAAUUAGAUACCGUUCCCGAACUCUAUACUCUCCUGCACAGCCCCGAGGUGAACUUUAAGCAACAUAGGACGUUCAUUUUAGAAAUUUUAAGGGACGGUCUCCGCAACGAAAAAGAUUUUAAAGUUUUCUCCAAAUCGAUGGGGUUUAAGUUGAUUUCGGAAUUGUUAUCCAGCUGUUUAUCAGAUAUUGAGACAAAAGCAUUGAUAUUGGCCGUAAUCGAUGCCAUGUGUAAAUUGGAAUUGGGUGUUAAGGUGCUGUGUGAAAAUCAUUCUUUACUUUCUCAAAUACGUACGGGUGUAUUGGACGUAGUAGCGGACAAAAAGAGUGCGGAUAUCACUUUACCAGUGUACAUUAGUAUCCUCCAUAAAGUUGCCAAAAACAGAGCCGAUAAUAUCACAAAUUCAAUUGUAGCAGACAUUUUGUAUGAUGUUAUUUCUUGUGAACAUUUUACUUACUUGAAAGACGAUGUUGUUCAACAGUGCUACGAAGUUUUAUAUUUAGUGUAUAUAAACUGUCCGAAAAUUUAUGAAAAUCGAAAAUUCGACAUCCUAUUUUGUCCAGACUCGUUUUGUAAAUAUGUUAAGCGGUACGGUUGCCAAUUUAUAACAGAAAAAUCUUUAAGUGAACAUCGAAAUAAAUAUUACUAUUUAAGAAUGUUAUCAUUUAAAAUAUUUUCGGCAAGUUGAUUUUUGGAAUUAUUAAAAAAUGUUA